AUGCCGGCUGGCACCAGCAGGGACAUGACGGACUUGGAGGGGCCGCCCACCGACACCGUCGACCCGAAGAAGACCAUCAACGACGACAAGCGCCAGAAGUACUGGGGCAAAGAAGGCGCAGGCGGCGGACAAACUGCUCGCGGCAAUGCCACCGCGCGUGGGGACGCCACCGCCCGCGGCGGGCAGUCUGCUCGUCCGCCCCCCUCGGGGCGGUAG